AUGCAGCGCCCCGGCUAUCCGCAGCAGCCGCCCGCGCACUCACCACCACUCCACCACCCGAUCCCCCAGCACGUCUCGACGGUCCCCCAGCUGCGCUCGCCGCCGCCGCCCCAGCCGCCCUCGCAGCCCUCGAGCGGCUACGGCUACGGCGCGCCGGGCGGAGGCGGCAUGCACCAGCAGCAGCAGCAGCAGCAGCAGCAGCAGAGCGGCGGCUUCGGCCAGCACCCGGCGUUUGGCGGCUUUGUCAGCGACCCCUCGGCGCAGCUGGGGCUGCAGAUGGGGCAGACGGCCUUCAACGCGGGCCAGCAGUACCUCGACCAGAACAUUGCAAAGUACGUCUCGGUCGGCGCGCUGAAGCACUACUUCAACGUGUCCAACUCGUACGUCCUCGCCAAGCUGCGCAUCAUCCUGUUCCCCUGGUGGCACAAGCCGUGGUCGCGCCAGCAGCGCCACGCAUCGGACGCGUCGUCGGCGGCGGCGGCGGCGGCCAACCUCUACCUGCCGCCGCGCGAGGACCCCAACUCGCCCGACAUGUACAUACCGACCAUGGCGCUGGUCACGUACAUUUUGCUGUCGACGCUGCUCGCGGGGCUGCGCGGCGCCUUCCACCCGGAGCUGCUGGGCUACACGGCGAGCGUGGCCGUGGCCGUCAUGGCUGCCGAGGUGGUCGUGCUCAAGACAGGCACCUACCUGCUGGCCAUCACCUCGUCGAGCCAGCUGCUGGACCUGGUCGCGUACAGCGGGUACAAGUUUGUGCACGUCAUUGUCUCGCUGCUGCUGAGCCAGCUGCUGGCCUCGGUCGGCGCGGGGGGGUACUGGCUCAGCUGGGCCGUCUUCGCCUACUUUUUCAGCGCAAACGCCUUCUUCCUGCUGCGCAGCCUGCGCUACGUGCUGCUGCCGGACCAGGCUGCCCAGAGCAGCUUCGGCGGCCCUGGGCCCGCCGCCGGCUACACCGUCGCCAAGGCCCAGCGCAACAGGCGCACCCAGUUCCUGUUCGUCUACAGCUACCUCGUCCAGCUGGCCUUUAUGCUGUGGCUGAGCAAGGUUUGA